GAAUCGUCCUGUUGAAUUUCCCGACGGACUAUGCGGAGGAGGUGGAGGGUUUUCCCGUGCGGCUGGAAUGUGGCGUUUUUCCAGAUUAAGGAGAAAGAGCGGUGAGAAAGAAAACGGGGUGGGGGGAUGUGUGGAGUUGUCUGCAUUCCCUCACAUGGUACCGAAUCAAGCCCUAGCAGCCUUCCGUCGCUGACUUCCGCGGCAAGGGGUCUCAAAUUUCCACGAUUAGGACUUACGGAGACGAUGCCUCGCAGUGCAAACAUGAAGAAAUGUCGCACUUGGGUUGCUCUUGUUCGACCAGCUGUGGGGACAAUACGAAACGCACAGAAAAAACGGGCGCAUCGCAUUUGUCCGUCGAGACAAAUCUAGCAAGCAGGCGCGGACAUAGAGAGGAAGACGGACAGAGUGAGGGAGAGGUUUGGAGAGAUGUGGGGAUGGCUAUGAAUUUGGGCUGGAAGGUGGGUGGGAUCACUGGAAUUGUGGGAUGGGGCCAAAAGUGGGGAUUGCAAGUUGGUUGAGUGGCAUGAAGGGAAGCUGGUGAUGAGUGGCACGAGGAGGGUAUGAUGUUGGUAAAACAGACAGGGAGAAAAACAGGGGAAAAGAAAAAAGAAGUAAAUCAGAAGUGAAGAUUUUUCUCACCCAGUGUCGUGCAAAACUUGGAGCCGAAUCCGCGCUGGUGGGGCUAAAAAUGGAGACCGCUUGCACCGCCGUCGUUUCGUCUUUUCUCGAUUUUUGGUUUAUGCCAUCCCCACCAGCCAGUAAACCGGUUCAUCGAUGCUAGCUUUUGUCGGCAUGUCUUUUCUUUUACCGAUUUUUUAGCUCUGGGAGUUGUGUGUGAUGGUGGUUUGCGAGGCCAGGUCUUGCUUUUGGAGGUUUGAUCGUUGGCAACUUGCGUUCUGAGGAUGCUCUGGGAUGGAGGGAGGGGUGCAGUUGAUGUCGUGGAUGUCUGCACAGACGGAACUGUUGAAACGAGGACGUUGUUGCUUCUGUCUGGGUUUUACUGGGGUUGGCACAGUGCGUUGAUUGGUGUAGGUCAGUUGUUGUGCAGGUCGACUUAGGUGAUAGCUGUUGAAGAGUGGAUAUGGCGGAGGCUGCAAGGGUGGAGGUAUGUUGGCAGGGAUGUUGAUAGCUUCAUUUUCUCCUGCUUAGGAGGGUGUCAGAGCACGACCUUGUUCGAGCAAAGAGUACGUGGGAAUGAUUUAUUGCGACUAGGUCGACGAGGUGUGGAUUACAUUCAUGCAGAUCUGAUAUUUGACAGCGAAGAAGGUUGUGUGAGGGUUUCGAAACGGACGGUCACAAAGAAAUCUCGAAAAGAUGCGAAAAGUAAUGACCAAAUAGGUUGCACAGUAUUGUCGACAUUUUGGCAGCCAAUUCUCAGAACCUGUCUAGAUUAUCUAGCGCCUCAGCAAUUUUGGAGGUGUACUCAGUCUACUGCAAGAAUUCAGAUCGGCUGUCUUGAAAGAGGUACAAAAGCUAUCGCAAAUGUGAGUCUGGUGCUUACACUGAAUGGGAGCGAGGUAUGGACUUAUUCAAGACUGGGAAUUUGCUGUAUCCUGGGAUGGAGCUCCAGACGUUUUUCAUGCUCGUAGAAGCUCUUCAGAGCACGACCCCACCUCAGUUCGUGUGUGUCGUAUAAGGAUUUUUUUCUUCAUAUUUUUAGUUUUAAAAUAUUUUUCACUGUAUUAAAGGAUCAUUCUCUUGACUCAUUCGGGAUGUGCAACGCACUUGCUUACUAAAUACUUUGGGAAGAAGAAGGAUUAGGGUGUGCUAAUUUAUAAUUAGUGCGAAAUGGGUUGUAAGGUGCCGUUUCUGUUACUGUUGGGGCUUUCGGCGUUAGUUUUUCGUGUCGCCUCACAGAAGCCUCCAUCAGAGGGGACACCAUCAACACCGCCAUCAGCACCAGGAAAUUUAGACUUCAGACCGUCAUCCUCAGCACAAAAUUCUUCAGGUUUUAACUAUUGGUCAGCGACUGAGAGUUUAACCGUCCUUGUGUCUUCGAAUGAAAAAUUUUCCCUCAAUCUCGAAAAAUCCAAUUAUUCAGUCUCUUCAUGUGUGGCUAAGGUGUUGCAUAUUCCCUCCAAUGUACCAAUUUGGAUUGCCAACUUCGCUAGCAACUCCUCUCUGCCGAGAGACGAUGAAGUCGACCUAAAUGAGAAUUGUCGCUUGAAUUUCUCAAAGGAUGGCUUGGAGCUCAGUAAUCAAUCCGACAUUGUUUGGAGUGUUCGACCAAAACCAGAGGAUACGGCCACUUUGGGGCUUACUGACUUUGGAAACCUCGAGAUAAGAAAUUCCUUAUCCAACGUACUGUGGUGUAGCUUCGACUUUCCAUCUGAUAUCCUUGUAGCAUAUCAGACCGUCAAUGUCACAGGUUAUCCGUUGGCAUUGACUGCAGCGGAUCCAAUUCGGAACUACUCCAUUGGAAGCUUCUUCUCCAUGCUAGUGGAACGUCAAAAUGUGACGCUAACUCAACACUUCAAAAUCAACUGUUUAAAUGAACCGAGAAUAUACAAUUUUUCGUAUUAUGAUGUGACCAACGACACAGAGAUACGCAGUAUUGGUUUGUCCUUGAACAAAGGUCUUUUCAUUAACGACAAUAAAACAAUAAGUGAUCAGCCUUCCCCACAAUCGUCAUCCUGGCAGUAUGCAAGGCUGCACCAGACAGGAGCUUUGGUGAUUUCAAGUUAUGACGAAAACGGGACCGAAAUCGGGAACAGAACGAUUAAUCCAAAUAGAGCUUGCUUACUUCCUGGGCAAUGUGGACCUUAUGGGUUGUGCCACUCGGGGAAUAACUCAUGCAGCUGUCCUCCAGGUUUUGUGGCAUCAUCGUCCCCUUACUUCACCUGUAAACGCAAGGUGGACAUUGAUUCUACGUGUAAGAAUGAUACGUUCAUCAGUGUCACCGGGAUGACUUAUUUGGGUAUCGGCUUAUUUGGGUGUCCGAAUUCAACUCUUGCGCAGUGCAAGCUGAACUGCUCCAAUGACUGCAAGUGCACGAAUGCCCUUCAUGUGAAAAGCUCGCUGUCUGACUCUGGAACGUGCUAUUUGAUGCCCGGCGAAGCUGUGCAAACGAUUCGAAAGACGGGGAAUGAUACUAUUGACCUUCAGACCUUGUUCUUGAGAAUUGUGAACGGGUCUGACGCGCAAGUCGUGAGUCCUGAGAGUGGGAAAAAAUCCACCCGGAAGACUGCUGAUGCUUUCGCAGGCGGGGCUGGUGCUUUCAUUUUUCUUCUCCUUGUAGGGUCAAUGUGGUGGUUAUUCUACAACCGCCGGAAGUUGUUCAGUGAUGCCGACAACAAUGCUGGGAAAAAUCUGCUGGUAGGUGAUGUUCCAUACUCUAAAUCCUUACAACGAUUCUCCUACCAGGAGAUGGUGGAAAGCACAGGCAACUUCACCCAGAAGCUUGGGUCUGCUGGCUUUAGCAGUGUCUACCGGGGCCACCUGCCCGACAACACCAAGGUCGCAGUCAAGAAGCUGGAGGACAUAGAUUUCAAAGAGAAGGAGUUUCUGGCAGCUGUAGCGGCUAUUGGACGCAUUUCUCAGCAUCCGAAUCUUGUGCCACUACGGGGAUAUUGCAAGGACGGUCAGCACCAAAUGCUAGUAUAUGAGCUUGUGACCGAAGGUCAAUCCCUGAAUAAGUACCUUUUUAACGUGACGAACUCGGUACAUAUGUUGACCGUUCAGGAUCGCCACCUGAUUGCGUUAGGGGCCGCUCGUGGUGUCGCCCACUUGCACCAAGAGUACAAUUCCUGCAAAACCAUUCAUGGUGCCCUGACACCGGAGAACAUCAUUGUUGAUAGGCAUAAGAGUCCUCGAUUGGUGGAUUAUGGUCUCGUAGGUUUGAUGGGCCGAGACCAAAGACUACGUGCGGCCAACAUGCGUAACUCUCAAGGUUACAUGGCGCCGGAGUGGGUGAAACUCAUGCCCAUCACAGAGAAGGUGGACGUUUACAGUCUAGGCAUCGUGAUCCUGGAGCUUGUUAGUGGGCGUCGGUGCAUUAAGCAGGGUGCCAGUGCAGAGCAGUGCUUCUUACCCACGUGGGGGUUUUCUCUAAUUAGUCGUAAGUACGGCGAUGACGGUCAGGAAGCUGUGCUAGAGCUUGUAGACCCUUCUAUUGGAGUAAGAGACUUGUCGAGUACUUAUAAGGGGAUGCUUAGGAACAUGAUUUUUGUGGCUCUACGGUGCGUGCAAGAGGACGUCAAUGCCCGGCCUUCGAUGCAGGAAGUGGUGAAGAUGCUGGAAGGGCCCUCUCCCGUGGAGACGCCCCCUCCUUCCCCAGGUCUGGAAGCUUUCGGAAGAGAACUCUAUGCUGGUUGUGCAGGGGCGAGAGGUCCAGAGAGCUCCAACAGCUCCUCUUUCAUGCACUCUACCUCUUUAACGAGGAGUUCAGACAAGCGGCCAAGGUGAUGAUCCUUCCCAGCAGACUGGAUUGAUUAACUGACUGUUAAGCUUUCAGGACUGACUGCACACCAUCGCCCUCAUCGAUGUAUGGGGCUUCAACUCAAGCACAUGAUCCCGAGGCCUCGAAAUGUAGAUGCGUCUGUCUGGUGAGACCGACUCCUGAUCGUGUAUUGAUCAUCUUAUGUGCCUGAGUCUUGCAGCCCAAUCCGAAAUCCAAGAAUGGCACCCUCACCGCCACCAGCGAAUAGUUCUGUCGCUAAGGAUGGUUCCACUUUCGAGACGUCUGAUUGAUAACUGUGUAGCUACAGUUUGCAAGCCUCUGACCAUCUUCUAAGAGCCUUACCUUUGAGGACUUCCGCUUUUUGUAUGCUGAAUCUGACUGCAUUUCGACGCGGGGUACUUGUAUCCGCGAAAACUAGCCAGUUGUCCAUCAAUAUUGGUUGAUAGCUUUAGUUGUAGCUUCGAGUUGUAGCAAAUGUGAGUGAAAAUUUGCAAGUCUGUGUGCCAUUUGAUGCAUCGAUACUAGAUAGGGUACCUCAUGAAUAUCCACAAUUUAGUGCCGUAACUGUUCCGGAUCCGUGCAUUGUGACAUCCUUGACCUACAGCCUCUCCCUCCCCCUCCUCUCUCUCCUUGACCACAUGCUGUUGCGAAUUAUUAUGUUUGCAAGCUCCUUCACUGCUUUUAACUGUUAAGAAUCUGAGAAAUUUGCUAGUAGAAAUGCAAUCACGGCAUCAAGUACUGUUGUUGUGAUGAUCUUUCUUUUGCA